GGUUUUUUCAUUUCCAUUCAACUUUUUUUGGUGACGGCGAAAAGAUGGAGGGUUCGAAGCGUGUACCGUGGCUUUACAAUUUUCGCUCUUCGGAGACGUUUAUUGUGAUUGUGGUUUCAAUUGCGAUUUUUACUGAUGUUUUUAUCUAUGGAAUGAUCGUACCAAUUGUUCCAGUCGCAUUGGUCAAACGUGCCGGUGCUCGCGAAGAAGAGGCUCAAUCCUGGGUCUCAAUCCUACUAGCCAUCUACGGAGCCACUCUCCUCGUGGGAUCGCCUUUAUUCGGAUAUUUCGCCGACUAUGGUCGACUUCGAAGGCUUCCUUUCAUCGUGGGCCUGAUUGCCCUGGCAGCUUCCACGGCGUUAUUCGUCGUUGCUCGAUCCUUGCCGGUACUCAUCAUCGCGAGAGGGCUACAGGGAUUCUCCGGCGCUGCGGUGUGGGUCGUUGGUCUUGCUAUUAUCGCUGACAAUGUACCACCAGAUCGUGUCGCGGAGGCGAUGGGUCAUACGUCAAUUGCGUUGACAUGGGGCUCGCUGCUAGGUCCGACUAUCGGCGGUGUGAUGUAUGAGAAGUUGGGCUUUUAUGGGACGUUUGCUAUUCCUACCGGAUUAAUUAUCGUGGAUGUGGUUCUGCGGUUCGCGAUGAUCGAGGAGGCAGGAGCUAUCCAGCCCGACAAGGCUGGCCUGGACUCGGCAGUCGAUGGGUAUCGAAGUCCUCUGUACGGCACGUUUGGACGCCAGGAUGAAGAAUACUCGGAAUAUUUCUCAUCUGGCGAAGACACGGCCAGCGAGCAGGGUCUGCUUAUUAGAGCUUCGAAUCCUUGCUUCGACCACCCUUGCCGGGCACAUCAAAAAGAUGCUACGGUUUUUGAUCUUCUCCGAACCCCGCGGCUACCCCUUGCAUUGAUCGCGACAGUGGUUAUGGGGAUUAUAUUCUCCGGUUUGGAAACUACACUACCGCUCUUCGUCAUGGAAACAUUCAAAUGGUCCUCAAGCGGCGCAGGAUUAAUCUUCGCGACGACCGCAAUCCCAAGUUUCGCCGGCGUAUACGUCGGCAAAUUGAUCAGUCGCACCGGCGCUCGCAUCCCGGGACUAUUCGCAUUCACAAUUGCAGCGAUCUCGUGGAUCUCAAUGCGAUUCGUGACCAACGAUACAGCCGGCAGUAUCACUCUUCUCAUCAUUCUUUUGCUGGUCCAGGGCCUGUCAAUUGUGUUUGUGGAAAUCACCGCAAUGACAGAGGUCUUCAAGGUAGUCGAUGAUCACGAGAUUGAGUUUCCCGGCGCGUUUGGCGAGAGGAGCCCCGUUGCGCAGGCGUAUGCUCUGUUCAAUAUGGCGUUUGCCGGAGGUCAGCUCCUAGGACCUAUUUUGGCGGGUGGAAUACGUGUCUGGGCUGGAUGGAAUACUAUGACACUGGUCAUUGGGCUGGUGUGUGGUCUCACGGCUAUCCCGAUGGGAUUGUAUAGUGGUGCACCGUUGAGAGAUACGGAAGAUACGUGGCAUGAUGGAAUAUGAAGCACAGCCUGACUGUAAUGAUGGAAGCGAUAUUACGGGGGACUUUAAAAAUGUUAUGA